AUGGCGAUUACUGGGCCACCCUUCCUGUCACACGGCAUUGACAUCAAGGAAGUGAUCCCCAGAAGGGACCCAGGAAGACUCAUUCAGAACAGACCCCGCGCUGCAGAUGCCAGCGGCACGUGGGACGCCUUGCGGCACCAACUGCAGGAGCGGCAAACUGCGGGGUGGCGAUUGGUUGAGCAGACCGGAGGGAGGGAACGCAAUCCCGAGGGCCCGACCACACCAGCGACGAGAUACUCGCUGGCCCGGGUGAUAGCCUCCAGGAUCACAUACCACACGCUGGUGGUGGGUUGCCAGUUUCUGGUUGCUGUCGACGAGCUGAUGAGCACAACCAGGUCAUACAUCAAGCUCAACGACGAAGAGCAAGUUGUGACUUGGACACUUCCGGCCAGCCAGCUGGGGACACGAGGUCCCACCCUUGACAUUUCUCUCAAGUGCACCUGCAUCAUCGCGGGCAAAAGACAAUGCCCAUACCACAACAUGGCGGCGAUCUUGGACCUCACCAUGGCCAGCUCAGAGCCAGGAGCGGACACAGACCGGACCCUGUUUCAACAGGGAGCGCAGACCUCAACAGAGCUGCUAAGCCAGAUCUGCCUAGCGCUGCAGGAUUCUGACACACCAUUGACAGAGUCACAGUCGAGAGAACUGAUCCCAGGCGGUUCUGGAGAGAUACUGCGAGCACUGGGCACAAGAUUUCUAGCCCGAUUGGGAUUCAGCACCAAGCUGAUCUUGCUCUUGGCAAGAUGGGACUCGCCGACGGCAUACACUGCCAUCGACCAGGAGCGCAAAGACGACCUUCCAGUGUGGGAAUGGUCCGCUCCAUGCGGCUGGCAGCACGGCGAAGCCCAAUUCAUGAGGGCUCACAGCGGCAGCCAAUUCUGCCGAAUCUGUUUCACAACCUCACAGGCAGAGGGCACCACCACUGGUCGCAGAGCCACCAAGACAGAGGCAGGAGUGGAUAAAGUCGUCCUGGGCUAUCUGCGGGUGAGACAGGCAUUGUCCACCGGCCAGCACAGGAGCCAACACACCACAACCAGCUCGCCCACGGCAUCCAAACAGCCACCCAAAGAGCCACCACCAGAGGUGCAGAAAGCACUCCUGACCAAGUACGAAAAUCAGGAAAUGGACGGAGCCAAGCGGGAGUUUCCGCAACGCAUGCUCCUCGGGACCGAGAAGAUCCUGGCACGAGCAAGAAGUUCUCCAACAUCUAGUAGCAUGGUCAUCGAGCGCUACACUCAGGCGGCGAUGACCCUAAUGGACAACAUCACAGCCGCUGGGGUCCAGACGUCCAGAUCGAGCCCUUCGGUGACCCACAGAAACCACAUCUACAGAUCCAUCAUCAAGCGGAACACACGGCGCACUCACCGAGUGGCGACACGAUCCUGGAGUCACAAAGGAAACCACCAUCCAUUGGUGGAGACAUCUCCGGAAUCAACACCACCAGGGUCCCAACUGCCAGGUCAGGCAUGGGCAGGGCAGGCAGAAAGCCGUUGCCAACGAAACGGGGAGACCGGACAGCUCAGGACCUCAGACCUGCAGUCCGACCAGACCCACUUGAAGCAGCACACAGGCACACCACCAAGGCCAACACCACCCACAGAGAUAGCCCAAGCUGCACAGGCCAGACACAUGACACAGUCUACCCGGCGGCAUCUGGCCGGGCCGAAGCAGGUGACAGAUGAAUCAGCGGUGCGGCACACCGCCAACAGAGUGGACCGGGAGUGCGCGCUAGCACUCAUGCUGGUACCUUUUGACCUUGUAGCGCGGUCUGGGGCUGAAAGCAGCGGGGACCGGUGGUCCGCUCCAAACACCCAUGGCAACACCUCCAAGGGAGGUGGGCAUGAGUUCGGACACAACGGAGAGCAACCUGCAGGGGAGGACACUGCUGAUUCCGAUCCAGACACCUCAACUGAGCACCCAAGAUGUCACCCAACCAGCUCAAACCAAGCGGCCAACAGAGUGGCUUCGGUCCUGCAACUUGAUGAUGGACAGCAGAGCCAGCACACACGCCCGCGGCCCCAAUAUCACAGGGCGAACCCAGGGAUCACGCAGGGACCAUCACAUGGAGGGCAUCAAGAAUCAUUCAACCUCCAGAUGAGCAUCCUCAUGAAUCAGCAUCACAUAUCAGUGGAAUUGCCUGACGAGGCAGCCCGCGAAGUCAGUCACAUCUACUUCAACUUGAGCGACGAAGAGCCCGGAGUUCAAGACACGAUCAUAGCCACUCGCAAAACCGAAGACCCAGACCGAGUGCCACAACCAAUCGCGGGCAUGGCCCGCACUGACGGAACAACCUUCGGAAACAUCCAACGAACAGAACCCAGAACAGAACAGCAUGCUCCUAGGACAGACAGUGCCCACACAGAGACCCACCUCACAGCAGACCUGCAGGAGUUCAGGAGUGCCAGGAAAAUCAACUCACAGAUCGAGGAGAACACGGUGAAGCGCACUGAAUCUUCGAGCCGCGCCCUUCAAGCACAAGCAGCUGCGACAUGGUUUACGAGGGAGUGCGAUACUAUGGCCACUUCGAGUCGCACCACUAUGGUCUGA